AGACGGAGCACGGCGGGCAGUUCAAACCACCGGAUGGACGUUUAGGAACGAACCGUUCAGGCGUCGUCGUGGAGGUUUCGAUAAACAAAAACUCCUGUUAAUUCAUAUUCUCUCACCAAAUCUAUUCUCUGUUUUUACAGUUUAUCUGCAUGCUAUUUGCCAUUCUAAAAAGUUCCUUCUCGUAUAUUUCAACGAACGAAGUGAUGGAAGCGAAGCUGGCGGCUAACGGAGCGGCUACCUGCUGUUUGAGAAAUGUUCGCCUGCUUUUGUAGAAAAUGAAGAAAAAACUGGCCAGAAUAAGACCGAGCCCUAACGAAGAGGCUCGGAUACUAAAAGAAGAACAUGAAAGAAGGAGAAAGCUGCGAAUACAACAGGUGCGGGAGCAGCAGAGGCAAAUUGCCCUGCAGAUCCGUCAGGCGGUUGAGCAGCGACGACAAUGUGAGCUGGAGCAGCUAGGGGAGGAGCUGAGGUUGGAUUGGGAGCAACAGCAGAGGGAGAAACUGGACAAACUGCAGAGGUUGUACCAAGAGAGCCUCCAACUUCUCGGUCAGGGACACAGAGACGCAAAAGAAAACGAACCUGAUUUGGCAGCAAUAGCACAGAGGGAGGAGGAAAAUCAUGCCAAAGCAGAACAGCGUCAUCAACAAGCCCUGAAGGAACUGAAAUCUCAGAGGCUUGAAGAACAUGAGAGACAGAACAAAUCCAUCAAGGCCAGGAAGAAGGCACUACAGAUAGAAAAGGAGAGAUCAGCAAAAGUGGCCAGCCUCCCACCACCUCCCACUAACCCCAUUCAGAACAUUGAUUUCAAGAAGCCACAUGUGGUAAAGAAAUCUGAUGUGAGUUCCUUUGCUGCCACACAUUAUCACAUGCCAGAGAGCACUGUGGAUAGAGAGGUGGAUACACAGCAGCGUAAUGCACACGAGGAAGCUGACCUGGAGGUCAGGAGAUUGCAGGACCUACAAAGGGAGGCAAUGAGGAGGAGAGGGGAGCAGCUGGAGAAGGCUCGUCUCAGGGGGAGGCAGGCUUUGAAGAGGGAACAGCUCAUUCAGGACCGCGAUCGCUUGCUUGUUGAACUGGAGCACAUGCAGCAGACAGACAUGCUGAGGAGAAGACAACAAGUGUCUCAGAUGCCACCUCAGAUCUUCCAGCCUCUCUACAAGAGACAGGAGGCGAGGGAAGAUUUCCAGAGGGAGAUGGAAUUUGCCUUUGAGGACAUGUAUACUGGAGAGAGGAGAGUCAAAGGUGACCUGGUGGUACAGCUGGAACCAGAACCCCUGCCAGCUUUGUCCACAGGCAGCCAAGACCAAGAGCUGGACGUCACACUGGAUGAAAUCACCACACAGGGAACAGAACACGCAUCACAUGAGGCUGCCAGGACUGAGCUGGACACAUCUGCUCAAGUGGAACCCACCAAACCUGCUCCGAGGCGGGCGUUGCGGAAGCUCUUGGAUCGAAUCAGGAGCCAGAGGAACCAGUAUAAUGAGCACAGCAGUCAUGUCGCUGCAGCUGAUUCACAGACUGUUGUCAAUGAUCAGAUCCCAGAGCGAGACACGACCAUUGAGACCGGCUCUCUUACAAACAGCCCUCCAUCGAGCGAUGAGAAAAACAAACAGCCCUCCAUCGAGCUACCUGAGCCUCACUCUGCCAUAGAGUCGGAGACAACCGAGACGUCAACUGGAGGUGACUCCCCAUUCUCUGACGAACUCAGAAACAGAAUCCAAGAAUUUGAAGAAGAGCAAAAGAAAAGGGAGGAGGAGCUGGAGAGGGAGAAGCAGCAGCAGGUGGUUUUACUCCAAGACCUGGAAAAUCAGAAGGUUAAACUAGAACAGAUGCUGCUUGAGGCUCAGCAAGAGAGGGAAUGGCUGAAGGCUGCUGCGAAACAGCAAGUGAAUAUAAACCAACCAGAUGUAUCUGAGCAGGAUCAGGACCUCCUCUCAGUCUGCCCAGGUCAAGCCCCUGAGCUGCAACCUCCUGCAGGUGAACACAACCACACCCACAGGAUUAGAGAAUACCAACAACGUCUACUUGAACAAAACGGAAUCCACCAGAGAUCAGUGGAAGUGGCUCGCCGGCGUUUGGAGGAGUACCAGCGAGCACUGCGUAUUCGUUACAACAUGACCUCCACAUCAUUGCUGCCUGCUGUGCUACCUACAGGCCUCAGACACCAACCUCCACACAGAUCUCACUCCAUGCAGCUUCCAAUGCCAUCACAUGGCCAAAAUCAACCACAAACCUUUGUGGAAGUCCCAACAAGAGAGUCUAAUGCACACGUGUCAUCUCUACCUCUUCCUGGCUCCAGUUUGAUUGCUGGCUCCAAGAUGCAACCUGAUGAAAUGGAAUCUACCUCAAAUAAUUCAAGGAACCACAGACUAGAGCAGAGUGUCUGGUUGACUGACAACAUAAUGGAGAGAGUGACAGGGCACCUUCCAGAAAGCGUUAGACUCUGCUCGCCCAACAUGCAGCCACAGCACAAACUGUCGUCAUCCACCAUCCCACUCCAGCUGCGUCCUGAUUCCCCCAUUAGCCCGAGCUCUCUGCCUUUAGAUCAUGAAGUACUGGGUAAAUCUGGGACUUUGUUACAUGGUGCUCUGCAGACAGCAUCCCUGACCACCAAAGACGACGACAUAGAGAGAUGGAGAUUAGAGCUACAGGACGUCCAGAGGCGUGUGCUGGAGCAAAGGGAGGCAGUGGUGCAGCGGCAGAGACUACAACAGGAGGAGAGGCAGAGACAGGAAGAGCAGCGACGGAGACAGGAAAUGGAGAUGGAGCAGAUGAGGCAGCAGAAGGAGACUCUGCAGGCUCUGAUUGAUACUGACUCAGGGUCAACCGCAGAUGGAGCUGCUGAAGUGCAGGUUACAGAGAAUAUUGGACAGACUCGCCUCAGGUUACUUGUGUCCUUGCUAAAGGCUAUAGAGGAGUCUAAUGGAGGAACCUUAUCACACUUGGAAAACCCUCAGGAGGAUCGCUCGAACAGUAAUAUGACUGGGUCCAUCACUCAGAUAAGUGCUCCUGUUGGACCUGCCCCAGCGUCAAUCCUCCCUCCAGGACUCUUCCUUCCUCUUGCUCGAGCGGCAAAGCCUCCAGUGACCCGCAUCAGGCUGGGAACCAUGGCAGCAGGGACUGAUCAGCAUGAGCUCAGUGCUAUUCCCGAGGUAGAGACGCCAGUAAACAGCCAAGUCACAGGUCUGGGGGUUAGUAUGAAUUUUCCCUCACACAAUGGUGCCUGGGAGCUGCAGGAGCAAUCAGAUUUAUCUGUAUCCAGUGUGAGCCACACUACUGGAAGAACACCAAGCUCUGGAUCAAGCUCAAGUAGAUCCAGCCAUUGGGUCUGGAGAGAGAGACUACUGACCGGGGCCUGGACCUCUCCAGAAUAUUCAGAGUCUGAUUCAUUCCAGAGGAAAACCUCACCUUUUUCCUCUGACUCUGGGAGAGGAGCUGACUACCCUGCUCCUGCACUCACAAGCUACAGAUCGCCCACAGAGUCUCGUCAUAGGUGUCCUGAUUCCGACCUCUCGUCCACCAUCUCCACUGGCAGCUACGUCACCACUGAUUUUGAGCAGAACACAAACACUGAUAAACUACCACCUCUCAGACCUAGUGAGGAACAACGUCCAAGAGCAGUUGUGUCCUCUGUGUCUGGUCAAAGCCUUUUUAUUAAGGACAAUUCAGCUGCACCUUGUCCUGGUUCCAUCAUUAGGGAUGCUGCAGUUGCAGCACAUCCCAGUUCUUUAGUUGAGAGAACAUCAGCUGCAGGUCAUCAUGGUUCCUUUAUUGAGAGCAUGUCAGCUGCAGGUCGUCCUGAUUCCCUAGUUGAGGGAACGUCAGCUGCAGGUCGUCCCAGUUCCCUAGUUGAGGAAACUUCAGCUGCAGGUCGUCCCGAUUCCCUAGUUGAGGGAACAUCAGCUGCAGGUCGCCCCGAUUCCCUAGUUGAGGUAGCGCCAGCUGCACGUCGUCCCGGUUCCCUAGUUGAGGUAGCGUCAACUGCAGGUCAUGCCGGUUCCCUAGUUGAGGUAGCGUCAGCUGCAGGUCGUCCCGGUUCCCUAGUUGAGGGAAUGUCAGCUGCAGGUCGUCCCAGUUCCCUAGUUGAGGGAACGUCCGCUGCAGGUCGUCUCGGUUCUUCAGUUGAGGACACUUUGGAUGCAGGUUGUCCCAGUUCCUUAGUUGAGGGAACAUCAACUGUAGGUUGUUCUGGUUCUUUAGUGGAGGACCGGUCUCUUUCUGUUCAUCCUGAUGUGGUUGUAGAAUCGCUGUUUAAUGACCGCAGCAUCCAGCGCAUCAUAGACAGAUACACCAGGGAGCUCGACGUCUCCCUCAGCAUCGCUGGAAAAACCACAGACAGUGAAGGCUUGUCUGUGGUUCAAGGCUCAAAGAGGCAAGUUGAGGACAAAGGAGCUCAAGGUCCUCCAACUCCUCUUUUACACACACCAGGAACACGGACACAAAGCAGCCUGAUAAGUGACACUACAGCUGAUCUACUUCUGGUGCAGCCAUCACAGGCUGAGGACUCUUUCAGGCCUCUGAUUGGCCAGCUGGCUGACCAGUCCUCCUGUCUUGCUGUUGAGUCAGCGAUGGAGCAACUGGUUGGUCAACCAUUUGCUCACUCAUCCAUGAUAGGUCAUCUUUCUAGUGUGCCCGGUCAAGGUGGUUGGGAUUCCACUCUGAGCAGGAUAAUUAGUCGACUCUCCCAUCAGUCGAGUAGUGGGCAGAACUGUAAUUCAGGUCAGCUGAUGGGUCCAAUGGUGGAGGAGCCGUCAACCUCAUGGUUGGAUGAAGGUCAGGAGGAAAGCCGGAUGAGGCCACUGGUUGCAGAGCUGGACACUGAUCAUCACAGUGGUGUCUCAGGUGAAUUUACCCACUUGAAUCUUGGCAUCUCAGCUGAGGACAGUUUGCCGUCACACCCAGCGCUACCUGCUGAGGCUUCAUCUCAUAGUGCCACUGCCCCAGGUGUGAGUCGACGUUCAGAGGAGCAGAUGCCUCCGAAUCAAACCAGUCCUGUUCUUCUGGAGUCUGAGAGCACAGAAGUUUUUCCUGUUUCUGACUCAUUCCACGCAUUGUUGGCUGAGGUCACCCACAAUGAAACGGCUGACCCCUUCAUGACCUUCCACCUGCUGGAACACAAAGUGCUUGACUCAGCUGAAGGAGAGCUGGCCUGUGGUGGAAGCGGUCAGUCUGAUACCCACACUGAUCCGUCUGUGGAGUCUGAACUGUCACCUGAACACCUGCGAGCAGAGAAAGCAGGUCUACACAGCUCCUGCCAGUACCAGCCUGAUGAGUCCUUCCUCACGUUAGAGGAGAGUGUGAGGACAGAUGUGGAGAAAACUGCUCUGAAUCUGUCAAACAUAACAAUGUGUGAUGAUGAUGAUGAUGAUGCACCUGAUCUGGAAGUGCUGCAGCCAACGGGAGCAGCAGCAGGAAGGAGCGGUGUCUCUGAAAAUCCUCAAGAUUCAUACACAUACAGUGAAAAUGUGAAGUCUGAGCAGUGUUCAGACCUGAGCGUCCCUCUGUCAGAUGAGAUAUUUGAAGCUCCCAGUGAGAAGGGGAUCCUGGAACAGUCUGAGAUAACGUUGUUGAGCCUGACAGACGCCACACUGCAGGACCAAGAGACGACCAUCGCUGAGGAAGACAGAGUUUGGGAAGACAUAUUUCCAUAUGGAGAAGGACAAAACUGCCAUAAGAAUGAGGGGGCAGAAUCCAUGUUGGUGCCAGAGGAGAGACUGGAAGACAAGGACCAAACUCACCCAGUGACUUUCCUGGAGUUUGAGUGGGAUCAGAGCAGAAGUCUGCAGCAGGUCAACCAGCAGAAGUGCAGAGCUCUGCUGCAGAGGUCGCGCCACAGACUGCAGGACAUCAAAGCUAAACAGGCUCGGGUCAAGAAUCAGCUCCAGGCUCCGUCUGAAGUCAGAGAGGAACCUGAAUCUGUCGACUGUGAGGAGACGAUUCAACCUGAAUCCCAACAGAAGACGAAUAAUGGAACAAAGGAGGAACAAGCUGAGCAGCAACUACAGACGGAGAAGGAAACAGUGAGAGAUUCCAGGCUGAAAAAGACGGAUGGAGUGAAGAUCUGCACACCAGAGCAGAGGAAACACCAUGUUUCUGAGAUGUAUCAGAGAACUCGGAGACUGUACGAGCAGCUGGAGGAGGUGAAGCAGCAGAAAACCAUCAGGAGCAGACAGGAAGCUUACGUCCAAAACAGACUGAAGGCCCAGGAGUUCCACAAGAAAACCUUACAGAAACUUCGUGCCAAGCAGAAACAGCAGUGAUGUGUUUUUUAGUUCUCUGAAUUAACUUAAAUCUGUAAAAUUUUAUCAAUAAAGUGUUUAAUUUA